UGUGACAUUUGUUUUUAAUAAUAGUAAGUAGAUGGGUUUUAUAUUCGAAUUAAAUUAUACCAUUGAAUCUAGCAAAGGCUAUUAAAAAAGGAAGGAAACAAGACAGGUUGGUGGUUGGUAUAAAUGUGCAUUGCCAGGUUUUAACACGGUUUUGGUUUGGUUUAAAGGUACCACCUAACCGGAGAGAACGUGAUAUUGCGUUUUUGUGUCUUUUACAAUAUUCAUACGUGUAAAUCUGUCAUCGAAAUAAUACUUUAGACGCAUGCAGCAUAUAUAUCCAGACGUACUCGCAUUGCAUUGAAUUUUUAGGGUUUAUUUAUUAAUUAACUUCGUUUCUGUAUACUUGUUUUUUGCUGGUGGAGAUGUUCUUCCUCGUUAAAAGAGCUAUUCCAAACAAUUUUAAGAUUAUACGACAAAGAUAUAACAACGUAAACUAUGUUUUCUUUAACUAGAAGGAAACAGAACCUUGGACUUAAAUUUCCCUCUUAACUAGACCAGCAUGCGCUAAUACUAACAUGGUGUAAAACAUUUCAUCUGAUUUUAUACUAUGAGUUCAACAAAACCAGUCUUCAUGCUUAAACUACUAGACUACCAUAUCCACGGACCACGGUGGUAUUAUAAUUUAUAUCUUGUAAAUGAAUUGAAUUAUAGUCUAGUCUGAUUGAUAAUUUAAAAUGUGUUUGUUGCAUAUUCAUAGCAAAUUUAGAUGAAUGUAAGCUAAACUAGUCCAGCUAUCCGCAGUUGUCGUUAGUGAUAUUGAACUAUUAAGUUUAGGUUUGUUUAGCUUUGAGCUAUAUCUCUCAGUCCCAUUUUUGUUGUUGUCGUUCAAUUAAACUAUAACAAACUAAGCAUCUUCAUAACCGAAUAACAAUUUUUUGUUGGUUGAAUUUAUUAUCAAUAAAAGAGGAACGAUAAUGUACAUUUUAAAAAUAUAAAUCCAACAGAUCAGCAUCUUUACUUUGAGUCAUCCAUCUAUCAUUAAACAGACGAAGCUCAACAUUGUAUAUAAACACCAUAGCACACAUUGAUCUCUGCAAGUCUCCAACAAUCAUCAGAUCACACAGAAGAAAAAGAGAAGAACAAAGAUUUUUUUUUCUUGGGAAUUUCCCAAGUUUUCUUUUUUCUUCUACAAUUUUUUUGUGGGCAUUUCCCAAAAAUAUCAUUUUCCUUUUUGUUUCUAAAUUUGCUUUUAUAUUUUAUAAAAAUGGGAAACUGUUUGAAUGGAGGAAGCAACCUUAAAAGAAUGGUUCAAGAAGAAGAAAAAGAAGUGAAGAAAGAUUACAACAGAAAAGAUAGGAAGGUGAAGAUUGUUCUAAGGAGAGAUGAGUUAGAGAAACUCAUUCUCUUCCAGUUAAACGCCGGUGGUGACGUCCAAGGCAAAGGAGAAACAACUUUAGCUUCCUUCGGCGACUUUCUCAGGGAACUAGAGGCGGAGAGGUUUGCUGGAGAGGCUGCAGCAAAGGCUGCUGAGGAAGAGGAGGAGUCUCGCCGGAGAUGUCGAAAAUGGAGGCCUUCAUUGGACAGAAUCAUUGAAUGGCCUGAAGAAACACUUGCGUAAUUACUUUUCUUAAUCCUUUUAUUUAGAUCAUUAAGUUUUUUAAUUUGUUUAAGAUGGGAUUUUUUUGUGGGAGAAUUUGUUUUUGCCUGUUUUUCCUUCCUUUUCCCGAUGGAUUUUUUUUUUCACUUGAGAAAUGUUUUGUUCUCAAAGUGAGAUAUAUCUUCGGUGUUUUGAAACUGGCAGACGCUUAUUUUACCACAGAGAAAUCCCAAAGAAAAAAGUACGAAACUAUGUAUUUUAUUUUCGUCUUUCAUGUAUAACGUUCAAUGUGUCAAGUGUUACAACAUAAAUAAACUUGUGUUGCUUUGUCU